AUGAAACACAAAAAGUGGUCUUUAUUGUAUGGUGGGUUAAAAGAUUCAGACUAUAAGUUCCUUCAUAUUACUUCAUAUUACAUACACCACUUUCGCAUGUACACUCGUGCCUAUUAUUCAUUUUUUAAAUAGUAUUAUUGCUUAACAAUAAUAAAUAAAUCUGAAAUGUUCUUCGAAUUGUGUGGAUUUGGUUUCAGUGUGACGCGUGCGCAUCCCAUUGUAUGCGCCGAGGCCGUUUUUGGCGCGAGAGCUGCUCGCUGAGGCGCACGCUGAUUGGCUGAACGCGCCGCUGGACGGAUGCAUGCGCGAGAGGCAGCAAACUCUGUGUGCAAGGAAAAAGCCGCCGCCGCCUCAGCCUCAUUAUCCAGCACGAAUAGAGAAACGUCGAAAAAUAUCUCAUUCAACCACUUUCCUCCCCAGACCAGGGAGCCACACAGGUCAAAUUUGCUUGUAGUAAAGACUUUCAGAAUCAGCCAUGGGAAAGAAGAGCCAGAACCGUGAAGAUGAUGAAGCUGCUUCCUCAGAUGAGGAAGAGUACGUUGUGGAGAAGGUCUUGGACAGGAGAGUUGUGAAGGGGCGUGUGGAGUAUUUCCUCAAAUGGAAAGGCUUUACAGAGAAACACAACACAUGGGAACCAGAGAAGAACCUGGACUGUCCAGAGCUUAUCUCUGAGUUCAUGAAGACCUACAAAAAAGGAAACAGUGCAAGCCCACCAAGCAGCAAGUCCUCCAGUACAGGCCCCUCUUCAGCCCGUCCCAAAGACAGCAGUGGCAGCAGCAGCACCAGCAAGAGGAAAAACUCCGAGGAAGAGAACGGGAGCAGCAGCAAACCCAAGAAGAAAAAGGAGGAUGAGAUCCUUGUAGCGAGAGGGUUUGAGCGAGGCCUGGAGCCUGAGAAGAUUAUUGGAGCAACAGACUCCUGUGGAGACCUUAUGUUCCUUAUGAAGUGGAAGGACUCUGACGAGGCAGACCUUGUGCUUGCAAAAGAAGCCAAUCACAAGUGCCCACAGAUUGUCAUUGCCUUCUACGAGGAGCGUCUGACCUGGCAUGAAGACGGAGACAAGAAGGAGAAGAGUGCCACAGCGGUGUAAAGGGCAGAGGUUUGGGAAAGACAUACAGUCCUCCAAAACCUUGCACCGAUGACACUCUCAUAGCCAACUUUUAACGGACCAUUUAGAAAACGAAAGGCCAGCGAGUAUCGGAGGUUUACUGCCCACCACAACAACCUCCGUCCACCUUCACCAAAACACAUCUCUCAUCAGACAGAGCGAACGGUGGCUGCGGCAGAGCGGUGGAAUGUGGAAAACUCUUACUUCUCUUACUCUCUCUGAUCUUCCUUCUGUUUUGUCAUGAUUUGUGUAUUCGUGCCCCUACAACUAUGUUCUUAUGAUGUGUUGUGUGCUAGUGUAGAUGUGAAACGAUGAAAAAAAACCCGUACAUGUCCAACUUUUAACUUUUAUUCGUUCAGAUUUCACAGUAUUGCGGAACAUGACUGAAUGAAAUCAGUCGAGUUUGCGUUCGUUAACAUCUGCAAUGCUGGAUGAAAAAGCGACGCCAUCGUUUUUUAUUUACAAAACUGCUUCUUAAUUGAUGCCGUUCGCAUUUUGCUUAUUUUUUUUCCCCCAAUCAAGUAGAUUUAAGUUUGCUUUAUUGCAAUUUUAACUUUAAAAAAAGUCCUUUGUGGGCCAAAUUAUCAUACGAUUUUUAUUGGGCUUGUUUGUUUUUUAUCAGUACAUCUACCUAAAUGAUCUAUAUCUUAUUACCCAGACUAAAAUCAGGACAUUUGGAUAAAUUUUAACAUCUGUGUAAAAAUAUCUUUUAAAAUGUCAACCUUGGCCCUUUUUAUCCGCUAUUCGAUCUUAUCACUGUUGCUUGCAGGAGGACAGACAAUCGUCAUCAUGUAAGUGUGUAAAGGGACAUUUCUAUCUAUUUCUACACACUUUUCUUCCAUGAUUUUAUUUUCCCUCCAUAAAACGGAAGCGAUUAUACUCCCUCUUGUGGCUGAUUUGCUGAACACAUUCCCUGUUUGACCUCAUUCACACAUAGUUCAAGCAUUGUCGGGUUCUUAUAUUACUUUUUUAACCUAGAGUUGAUUCAAUAAAAUGGUGUUUAUCAAGGUCACAUGACUACACUAGAGUUUUGUGCGCUUCUUCGCAAAGACACUGAACAAAAGCUACUGAUAUCGACAGCUGUAAAAGAGUGAGAAUGGUUUAGCUGGAGAUGGAAUAGUGUGUAUCGGGGGGGAUGUUUUUAAACAUUUAUACAGGGUUAAACAUGAUGUUGUAGGUACAUUUCUAUUAUUUUUUUGUAUGCUUUUAUAAUCCUGCCAUGAUCAUUUAUACAUGUGACUCAUUUCUAGCUGAUAGAAGUUUUUAAAAUGUGCAACAAUUAUGUCUAUUUGCUAUUUUAAGUUCACAGUCGUUUUUAAUGUACUGUAACAAGCUGUAGUAAAUCUAGUUUCCAACACUUCAGUUUUUGGAAACUCCAAACCCUGGGUUUUGGACUCAAGUCAUGCACAAUACAUUUCAUUGUAGUGCUGAGAUUAUGCAAGUUUUACUUUGUGCAAUGUUUGUGGGGAAAACCAGUUUUUAACAGCUUAUAACGAUUGAUCAGAUAGCAGUUGACUGAAUCUGCACAUUUUGCGCUAUAAAAAAAAACAACAGUGCUGAUGUGAACCAGCAGAUGUCAUAAUAGAGCAACUCUUGUCUGUUUGUCUCAGCUGGACGAAAAAAAAAAAAAAAGUGUAUGGCUUUAAGAGUUGCACAGUGAUUUUGACCAAAUCCAGCAGAUUAAAAUCUAUACUGUUGGACACAUUUGUAUUUUAAAACAUUUGCAUCCGCAUGCAAAGUCAGUUUGCUUAUAUUUAGGUUCUCAUUUGUGCAUAUUUUCUCAAUUAUGCCAUAUUAGGACGUCACUUUCAGUAGUAUUUAUUCAGUUUUGUGCCAGAACAUUUAUAUGAAUGCCAUACUUUUCUAUUUUAUUUGCGCUUUACAACGCAUAUUUUUCACAUGACAGUCUGCAGAUUGUUUUAACCUCAUUAAAUAGACUUCCAGCUCA